AAAAUAGUGUAUUUAGGUAUUUCACGUGACAAAGGGGAAUCCCAAACAGAAGUUUUAAAAAAUGUAAACAAACCGACCAAGCCACCGAGACUGUUGGAUUUCGAUCCUUUGUAGGCCUAUUACAACUUGUAAAUCGAUGGAGUCUGAAACCAAGGCUGUGGGGGACGACAUCGCGGUAAGGCCGUCAUAUAGUAAAAGCUCACGACCAGAGCUGGUGAGAAGCAAAUGUUUGGAUCCUAAAUUUUUGCAGAGAGCUCCAUCUUACCAGACGAUAACAGAGUACAAGAUCAACGAAUCCGAAGAGAAACAGACGGAAAAGGUAGAUGUGCCUAUCACACAUGACUGUGACGUAGACAACAGCAACAUUUCCGUUUCACAAAGCAAUGGUGUAGACAUUUCUGAAUAUGGCAGAUGCAUUGAAUGUGUGAAAGCGAUCCCUGUAUUUUCCCCGAAUGGAAUUAGCCCUGGUGAUCACGUGAUCUUGAGUGGGGCCGUAUACGACCACCAUGGAAUAAUUAUAUCCAAAUCAGACGACGGGGAGACAUUUCAAAUCAUCGAAGCAUCAAAUACAUUCUCUGGAGUUGUAAUUGGUCUCUCCAAGCUGUUUGGAGGGAAAGCGAAAAUCCAGUCCUCUUCUAAGAAGUUUGACUUUGAGAGGGAAAAGAUAUGUGUUGUAGAAUACAGAAAUAGGAGAUAUUCUAAGAAUGAAACCAUUCGACGCGCAAUUGAUAUUCUAAGUGGUUUAGAAGAGAGCGUUAAGUACAAAUAUGAUCUGUUUUAUAACAAUUGCGAACAUUUUGCAACAUACUGCGUUACAGGACAAAAUUUUAGUGUGCAGGUGACCAAGUUUAGAUUAACCUGGAAGUUGUUUUGGAACAAAGGUUUUUUUGGAAUAAGUGAUGAAUUGGCGCGAAAUGAAAAGGAGUUCGAACACAAAAUUAUCUGCAGUGACUGUCAUACCAUGAAUAAACAGCUACUCGGUGUCAGAGUGAAGCCGAUAGUCAUGGAAAGCGACGUGGAGAAAGGGGAUAUUAUACGUUACUCAUACUGGAAUUUGUGGCAUGAAGCAGUGGUUUUAGAAAAGACGAAAACGAGCAAAAAUUCAGUGGUUUGUUCCAUCGCACACUAUACCUUUUGUGGAAUCUUUUCACACAGAACAAUCAAGGAGGAGAAAUUCGUGAUCUGGUUGGAUGGGAGGUGCAGCAAGUUAGAGUAUGCAUGGCCUCAAUACAAUGUACACGACCCUGAAGAAGUUGUGAAUCGAGCGCGUAAAAGAUUGGGUGAACAGCUUUUUGUGUUCUUCUCCAAUGAUUCCAGUCACUUUGCUAGGUGGUGUAAACUCAAACUUCAGCGAUCUUAAAGAAUCAUUUACUCGAUUCUGCUUGGUUAACUUAGAACUCUUUACAAACUCAUUAUGACUACGGAUUACCGAGGUACUCCGUUUACCUGAUCAAGAUAUAGGGCUCAUGAUGGAUGUGACCGGUCAACAUGGGAUGCUUACUCCCCAUAGACACUUGAUCCUGCUUCUGGUGUUUCCAAGGUGUUUGCUCUAUUCUCCAAUCUGUGUUCGUUAUGGUAUCUAUGAGAUUGAUCCCACCACUGGUAUGUCCAAGGGUCCGUGUUUGCCUUUCUCUUCAUUCUGUAUUCCUUAUACAAGUUACAUGUAUGAAAUUGAUCACCGUUCGUUCAUCUUCACCUUUCAUUGAUCACUGUUCGUUAUAUCCUAAUUUUCAUGUAAGUCAGUUGGUUGUUUCCUGGUAAAAUAUAUUUCUCAGUAAUGCGCUAUAGUACAUGCAUGUAUUUGUAUCAUCAAAUGUUUGCUAGUAGGUUUACAUCCUGUCGAGAAUCUUUCAUCCAUGUUGAGGCGUCACCAGCUUUAGUUCAUGUUAGAAGACAUGAGUCUGUAUUUAUUUGACGUAAUGUAACUAUUAAUGUCACAAAUUUAGACAAAAGAUAGGAGUUCAGGGUCAUUUUGCAGUGAUAGUUUUUUAUCGUACCAACCCCAGCCAUGUAACUGGACCUCGGUGUCUAAGGUAUCAUUCGUAAUACCCGUGACUUUCACUUCACAUCCCAAGCGCCUAGCAAUGGAACAGUUGUGGUCUUUAAGAACGACUUUUGCAUCACUAAUUGACGGCAAUACUGAUUGAGCUAUUGCAUCACUAAUUGACGGUUAUACUUUAGAUUGACGACUUGUACUGUAUCAUCAGAUUAAAUGAAAGUUCUGACGAGUUACAGAAACGGUCUGAUAUUGUAAGGCCCUGAACUCGAAGGCAUGCCGACUUAAAUAGUCUGUGUUAUGCCUGUUAACUUCACCUGUGAAUUUUACAAGAUAGAUCCUUUAUACUCAAAUAAACUGAUAAGUAAAGGCCAAAGCUAAAAGUAUGAUGAAAAAUUUCAUAGGUCAAGAUCAAAUUAGUCAGAGUUGGACUUAGAUGGCGUCGUUGACAAGUUUUUUUUUCCCCGAACACAUCUAAUUUAAUUCUGAAUGCAGGAGUUUUAAAUUGAAUGAUAUCUUUCCAUGGUCAAACAGUAUAAAUCCUUCUUGUUCUAUUUGUGUAAUCAUUUAGUGGAUAUGUUACCGUUCUGUGUAUUUGAUAACGAUAAAUUAAUUAUGAAUUAUAUCAAAAGAAGUGUUUCUCUCCCGUAUAUAUGUAGAUUCAUUUUUCUAUCUUACUCAUUCGCCAAACAAUCAUGGACCAUUGAAAGUCUUAAGAAUAUAUUCAUGGCAGGACUUCAACACAUAAUUAAGAUACUAUACAUGUACCAUGCGAUAUGACCAGAAGGCUAGUACUUUGCAUGAACUUAAUUUUUGUGCCUAUUUUUUGUAGUGUAUUCAGCCAUUGUUUGUAAUUGUGCCAAUUCACUGUUUGUUAUUAGUGUUUGUACAAACUGAUUAAAGGCAAGACCAAGUCCGUCUGAACAAAAGAGA